AUGAGUCAUGAAAAACAUCAGGGACCUGACUCUGGAAGCAACAACAAAGAUACUCAGUUGGACCUUUUCACAUUGAUUGGCGGAAGCUGGCCACCAGCUCCUCGUAACCCUGAACAUCCACAUUAUGGGACGGUGCCCAGAAAUUUCAAGCACACUAUGCAUAAUGAACGAAAUAAGUCUAUAAACUUAAUUAAUCACUUGGCACCAGAAAAAAGGAAGAAUAGACCAUCACUGACUUUACCAUCUACAGGGAAAUCUACAAGUUCUGAAGAGGUUUGUCAAAGGACAAAAAUGGUACAUGAACCUAAGAAGAUUGAGACAGGUAUUUUAAUAGAUGUAUGCGGUACUGAGGCGCCAGAGGAUCUUUACGAUUCCCCAGUUCUUGGAUCACCUCGGACAACUCAACCACCUUCGAAAUCUCCUAUACACGUACAGGAGGAUAUUGGCGUGGGCUCAUUAGUGGAGGUCGCGACUGAUGUGGAUCAACAUUACUAUGGCGUUGUUAGGUGGAUUGGAAUUAUCGACGACACGGCGACGGCCGGCGUGGAGCUGGAGCAGAGCGUGUGCGGCCUGGGCGACGGCAGCCGCGGCGGCGUGAAGGUGUUCGCGUGCGCGCCGGGCCGCGCGCUCUUCGUGCCGCUGCCGCUCUGCCGGCGGGACGCGCGCUUCCGCGACACGCCGCCGCCCGACCGGGCGGACGUGCACCACGCGCAGCACUACGAUCAGCCGGACUGCCCCGUAGUACCAGGUGUGGUGCCCCCGCUGAAUUCGCUGGGUGACCUGGCAGGCAAGAACCGCGGCAUCCAGGGCCACCACAAUUCCUGCUACCUAGAUGCGACACUCUUUGCCAUGUUCACCUUCACCAGCGUUUUCGACGCGCUGCUGUAUAGGCCUCCAGAGCCUGAGGACUCGCCGCACUACACAGAGGUGCAGCGCGUGCUGCGCGAGGAGGUCGUGAACCCGCUGCGGCGGCACGGCUACGUGCGCGCCGAUCGCGUCAUGAAGUUGCGCACACUGCUGGAGCGGCUCUCCGAUGUGCCUGGCUUGACCUCGGAGGAAAAGGAUCCAGAGGAAUUUUUAAACGGUCUCGUGGCACAAUUGUUACGGGCCGAACCAUUCCUCAAACUAUCUUCAGGGCAAGAAGCUUACUGUUAUCAGCUGUUUGUUGAAAAAGAUGAGCAGGUCACCUUACCCAGCGUUCAGCAACUUUUGGAACAGUCGUUUGCCACAUCUGGCGUCAAGUUAAGCGAGGUACCCGCCACAUUUAUUAUACAAAUGCCAAGAUUUGGAAAACAAUAUAAGCUAUACGAACGCGUGCAACCUUCACCACUGCUAGACGUGACUGAUCUGAUUGAAGGAUUGCCGCGCCAGUGCACGGUGUGCGGGGGCCUGGCGCGGUGGGAGUGCGGCGCGUGCGCGGGCGGCGGGGGCGGAGGCGCACUCGAGGCGGGCGCGCUGUGCAACGGCUGCCUGCGACUCGCGCACGCCUCCAGGCCCCACCACAAGGCUACUCCAUUAACUAUUUGCGAAGAAUUCGCAAACGUGUUAGAAACUUGUCCUGUACCCAGAGUGUAUAUGGAACUAUUUGCAGUUCUAUGCAUUGAGACUAGUCAUUAUGUGGCCUUUGUUAAGACUGGAGUUGGUCAAGAUGCUCCAUGGUGUUUCUUUGAUUCCAUGGCAGACAGAAAAGGCGAGCGCAACGGCUACAACAUCCCGGAGAUCGUGUGCCUGCCGGAGCUGGGCGCGUGGCUGGGCGAGGAGGGGGGCCGCGAGCGGCAGCCGCCCGCGCACGCCAAGCGGCUGCUCGCCGACGCCUACAUGUGCUUCUACCGCAGCCCCGACGUCGCCAUGUACCGC